UGCCUGGCUGCUAGGCAACAUCCCAAGGAUGCAGUAACUCUCCAGAGAAUGAAGAAGUCAGUACAGAAAUGGCUUGGCUUUCCCCUCAGUGUGUAACUUUCCCCAUAACGGCUGAUAUCCAUGAACAGAAUGUGACUUUUCUGAUCUGUGCCUUGGAAAGAAUACCCUCCAAGAUGAGUAUCCUAAAAGAAAUCCUCAUAAAGACUCUCUUUUCACUGGCCAGCAAACCAACAGAUUCCAUGUUCAGCAUUGUCAGCUGUAACAACAAGGUUUUAAAAUGGCAAAAGACUUUGGUGAAAUGUUCCCUUGCCAGUGUUGCUGAAGCAGCAGCCUGGAUCCGAGCCCUUAAGUGUGAGAACGAGGCCAGCGUCUCGAGUGCUAUGGCAGCAGCAUUGGAAGACUCCAGUUGUCAGGCUGUGUAUCUCUUCACCAGUGGGCUGCCUGAGUGGACUGCAGAAGAAAUCUGUGGUCUUCUGAAGGAGGCUGGGCAGGCCCGCCCAUUGCACACUGUAUAUUUAGUAGGAAGUGGAAAGGAGAAUAAAAACAGCUUACAAGAAACACUGGAGAAAAUAGCCAAGGAGUCUGGAGGUUCUUUUCAAAUGAUCACCUACAAUUCUGAUGAAACUGAAGAUCAGAUUAAUCCUGAAGGCACAGCAAGCAUCCAUCAUCCUGAUCAUAUCAGUAAGCACUGCUGCUGCUCUCUGCCAACAGAUCAUCACACGACUACAUGUUCUCCUUUGGGGAUGUGGAGCCUGGAUUCCCCUCCCUCACUGCUGAGGAGCACUGCAAAGGAGGAUUUCGUGGACCAGUUCCCAAAGACUAAUGACUUGCAGAGAGGGAUCCGAGUCCUGGCCAGAAAAAAGACAGAUGGGUAUUUCUAUCUAGGUUGUGUCGUCCGGCAUGUGAAGGGCUCCAGAGAACAUGUUCUAAUUGUGUUUGAGAGAUCUAAAAAGUCUCCCAACGCUAAGGCUGAGUGUCGCACGCAAGAAACACCACUCUACGAUGUCAUCCAUCAUGAAGAUGCCAGGUGGCAGCCAGUGGCUCCAGGAGACAGAGUCCUAGCUCCAUGGGAGAAGAAAGGUGAACGAUAUGGCCCAGGCACUGUCCUUCAGGUCACAGAGAGUGCUUCAUCUCAUUCAGCCUUUAAAAACAGUAAAGUGCUGGUAAAUUUCUGGAAUGGUCAGACUAAGGAAGUGCCGUCAGAUAAGGCAGUGAGGAUCCCUCUUCCUCUGAGUGAACGCAUCGUCCUUGAGCUCCAGAUGCCAUUAGCAGCCAGGCAGACGCUGGUGGAGCAGAACCCACAUUAUCCCUACACUGUGCCGCCUGGUUACCGAGCAUCAGGAUCUUGCCAGCAGAACCAUUUGGAAUGCAUUUGUUGGAGUGAUGCUUUGAAGGUCCUGCAUGGCAGCGCCACCUGCUGUUCUCCCCACAUGCCCCUCUGCCACUUCUGCUUUCCAGCUGGGGACCAUAUUAGGUCCCCAAUAACUUCACCACAACUAGAUGGUACCUUGAUCCCAGGAACUAGUAUGACCAAGGAGGAACUGAAUAGGAAGAUAGAAGAGCAGCUGUCAAGAGGGAGGCUGCCAGUGUUGGAAGGUCACGAGAACGAAGGUGGCAGGAAGUUGACGGAAGAAAAGAACUUGGCAGACUUAACGUACCAUAAAGAGUCGGAAAGCAAAGUUACACUACCCAACCAGUCUCAUCAGAAGGAGAGAGCUUUAGAAGAUCUGAGAGAAGGCACUGGCACCACAGUUGACGUAGCUGUCAACACGGACAAAUGCAUACCUUGGCAAACACAGAAAGCCUUUCCCCAGUCCGAUAUGAAUGAAACUUCAGCCCGUCCCUCCCACCAGAGCCCGCCUAGGAAACGCUUUGUUGCAGACACUCUCCCAGUCCACGCUGCAUUUGAAUGGGCGGACCAGUCAUUGAAGGAAGACAGUUCAGCUAUUGAAUCCAUUUUGCACAUGAGGAGGAGUUACAGUGCACCAGCCAUACAGCGCCCAGCAGCGAAAUUGGCAUCUCCAGACAGUCAAAGAGAAACAGCGAGGAUAGAGUUUAAACGUCACAUGUGGGAGCAGAGACAGCUCAAGGAGGAGCAGAAGCAGCAGGAGGAACGCAUGCGAAAAGAGCUACUGCGCGACAAGAAAAGGCACCAAUUGCUCCAAAGAAGCUGGCACCUCUCCGCAAAGCAGCAGCAGAACAGCGAGAAGACCCUGCAGCGCCUGGGACAGCUGCAGGUUGCUAGAGCAGAGAGGAUAAGGCAGGAGUCCUGCUUGCAGGAGGAGGCAGAGAACAGAGAGAGUCAAAGGCUGGAGUUCUUAAAGGCACAGUGCAGGCAGAGAGAUAAGCAGCUGACAGAACACAAUCAAAGUGUUGAUGAUCACAAGAACAAAAGGCUGGAGCUGCUCAGGAACAGAAUGCAAUUUGUGCAGAAGAAUCUGAAAGCUGCAGAGAAGGAACAGGACACCAAGGAGAAGGAGAGGGCAGCUGCCAAAUGGCGAGAGUUGCAAAAGCGAGAGUUGACAUCCCAGAGGGUAGAAAAGAAGAGACAGGAAACCCUGGACCUCCAACGCUAUCUCAGAGAGCAGAGCCUCCUGAUGCUCCGAGCCUCUUUGCUGUCAUAGAGAUGCUGCCAUUGCAACAAACGAGCCUUUGGAAACAUUCAUAUGUGUACCACUCAGCACGCUGCUGAGGAUAGUGACAACCAGGGCUUUUUUUCAGGGGGAACGUGGGGAACAGAGUUCUGGAACCUCUUGAAAAUGGUCACAUGGCUGGUGGCCCCGCCCCCUGAUCUCCUAACAGAGGAGAGUUGAGAGGGCAAUCUCAACUCCUCUCUGUCUGGAGAUCAGGGGGCGGGGCCACCGGCGAUGUGACCAUUUUCUCUGAGGGCAACCCACUGAGUUCCACCACCUUUUUUCCCAGAAAAAAAGCCCUGGUGACAACAGUCCACUGAGUCUGUGUACAGACUGUGUCUUAGAGAGACCUGAGAAGUGGACCAUCGUCCUAUAUAGUACUAGCAUUCUUUUAUAGCAUCCAGUCCUAAUUGUAGUAAAAUCAAAUUGCUGGGUUUUCAUGAUGUACAUUAGAAAAGUCAAAACUCGCCCCAAAGCAUAACCAAAGUAUAUCUUAUGAACAAGUGGCUAGUUAGUUGAGUAGCCAUGUUGGUCUGCAGUAGAACAGCAGAAUUUGAGUCCAGUGGCACCUUAGAGACCAACAAGAUUUUCGGAAUGUAAGCUUUCGAGAGUCAGAGCUCCCUUUUUCAGAUACGUGUAGGAAUGGAGAUCCUGGGAUCUUUCAGGAGUUCUAUCUCUCGAAAGCUUACACUCAGAAAAUCUUGUUGGUCUCUAAGGUGCCACAGGACUAAAAUCCUUAUGAACAUGUGAAGCUCAGACCAUUGGACCAUUUAACCCAGGGUGUCUUCUGGAGGUAGCUCAGUUGCUAAAAUGUAACUAGGGUAUCCCCUAGACUAUCCUGGAAAAAAACGAGAAAAUAUGUUCCAGGCCUUUUUAAAAAAGCUUUUAUUCUAUAGGAUUUUUCUGUUGCUUAGCUGAUAACUUCAUUUUAAAAAUUGUUAAAGCCUUAUAUGACUUGGGACCGGCAUACCUUAAGGUCUGCCGUCUUCCAGAUGAGCCUACCCAUUCUCUCUAGUUAUCUUCAGUGGCCUUCACCAUCUGAGGCAAGACAGAGGGCAACUCAAGAAAGGCUCCUCAGUCAUGACGCUUAAACUUUGGAACUCCCUCCCCAGGGAGAUUUGUCUGUCCUCCCUCUACUGCUGUCUUCCAUUAAGACUUUUUUGUCUUUAAUACUCCCAGUGACAGUUAUUGGCCUUCCUCUCUGUUUGUAAGUUUAUUCAGUUUUUAUACUAUUUUAAACAUGAUUUUGAAUUUAAAUUGUUUGAACCAUUUUAAAUUGUUUUUUAGUGUUUUAAUGUUCGCUGGCUUGGGGAGUCUAUUUUGGGUAGAAAAAUGGGAUACAAAUGUUUUAAAGAAAUACAUUUCUGGUAGGUUCUAGAACAGAACAAAACUUGGUAUGGUAACAUGCUGAGGGGAGGGAGGACUAGCUCAGUUUAUUUUCCAUUACUCUGAAGUAGCUCUCACUGGAGAAAAGAUUGGUGCCCCCUGAUCUAACCCCAUACUCUCUGCUGUGUUCUACUGAUCUGAAGUCACAAAGCAUGUUAUGCCAGCAUCACAAGGAUGUUAAAUUGGUGAUGGUGUUACAGGAACUGCUCUUUUGAAUGGGGAAUUAGCUUAGCAGUCCAGAACUAAAUUUAGCACGGAUCUAACCAUCUAUACCAAGGUCCCUUCUCCAGACGCUCACGUA